CAACGGCCCUCUCGUCCCUGGUUGAGUGUAUGAUGGGCGGAUCGGGCCGGAAGCAGCAUGGCGGCCACACUGCCCCGGACACAGAUCCCGAGUAACAAUGCUGUAUAUGAGAAAUACUUCCUCCAGUUGGAGUCCGCUGGUUCUGGGAAGGUGUUGGCUGGAGAUGCUGCUGUGUUUCUGAAGAAGUCUGGUCUCCCGGAUCUGGUUCUGGGCAAGGUUUGGGAUUUGGCUGACACGGAGAGCAAAGGAUACUUAAACAAGCAGGAGUUUUUUGUAGCCUUGCAGCUGGUGGCCUGUGCGCAAAAUGGUAUGGAGGUGUCACUCAGUAGCAUCAAGAAGGUGGUGCCUCCUCCCAGAUUUCAUGACUCUGCAAGCCCCUCGUUGGUAGCUGCCCCCAUCUCUGCGGACCUGCCGUGGGCAAUCAGGGCAGAAGAAAAGUCCAAAUAUGAUGCAAUAUUUGACAGUUUAAGCCCUCUGAACGGAUUCCUAUCGGGGGACAAGGUGAAACCUGUGCUGCUCAAUUCCAAGUUGCCUGUGGAAGUGCUGGGAAGGGUCUGGGAGUUAAGUGAUAUUGACCAUGAUGGACUUUUAGACCGUGAUGAGUUUGCAGUUGCAAUGCUUCUGGUGUACUCUGCUCUGGAGAAGGAGCCAGUUCCUAUGGUAUUACCUCCUGCAUUGGUGCCACCAUCCAAGAGGAAGUCCUCUGGUCCUGCAUCAUCCUUGCCAAUCAUCCCACCACUGCCAAUGCCACCAUCUAAAGAGCCACGACAUUCGCUGCCACCUGUAGGAAUCCUCCCCACUAAAGCACCUGUUACACAAUGGGUUGUGUCACAUGUAGAGAAAACGAAAUAUGAUGACAUUUUUGUGAAACUUGACAAAGACCAGGACGGCCUGGUAUCUGGUCUGGAGGUCAAAGAGAUCUUCCUUAAAACUGGGUUGCCUCCAGGACUGCUUGCCCACAUCUGGUCUUUGUGCGACACACAAGAUUGUGGAAAACUAUCCAAAGAACAAUUUGCAUUGGCUUUUCACUUUAUCAACCACAAGCUGUUAAAAGGUACUGAUCCUCCUCAAGUCCUCACCCCAGAAAUGAUCCCACCAUCCGAAAGAUCAGCCGUACCUAACAUCCCAUCGGCUCCUAGUCCUGUUGCAGAUUUCUCUGCCAUCAAAGAGCUGGACUCCUUAAAUAAUGAAAUUGUUGAAUUGCAGAGGGAGAAGACGAACGUGGAGCAAGAACUGAACGAGAAUGAGGACGCGGUGAAGAAGAGGACCAGCGAGGUUCUGGACCUUCAGGAUGAGGUGGAGAAAGAGAGCGCUAACCUGAAGAAGCUCCAAGCCCAGAAGCUGGAAGUGGAGGAGGUACUGGCAGGUCUAGAUGAACAAAAAGCAAAACUGGAGAAAGAGUUACAGGAGCUGAGGCUGAAAUGUGAGGAGGAGGCAAGACAGGUCUCUGCUCUACAAAAUGAAGUGUCAAGCCAGGAACGACAGAUCUUCAACUAUGAGGAGGAAGUCAGCAAAGCUAAGGAGGAGCUGAUCCAACUGCAGGAGGAGACUGUGCAGCUGGAGGAAAGCCUGGCACGGGGAAAGGAGCGGCUCACACCACUGGAGAAACAGCUGCUAGAAUGUCAGGAGGAGCUGCAUUUGGUGAAACUACAAGAUUUUAAGCCUGCGGAGAAUAAUAUAAAUGAUCAAAUUCAGCUCGGCUGGCGUCCUCAUUUAGAUCUGGUCAUGGUUAAUGGUAUUGGUGAUCACUCAAGCCUAAGUAAUAGUAGCAGUGAGCCUGCCAAUCUUCAUGAGAACCAAGAGUAUGAGACCCUGGCUCACGCAGAAGAUCAGAACCAAAGCUCAUCGGUAAGGAGCAGUCCUGAAAUUGUACAUACCUCAGGGAGUGAUGCAGAGGACAAAGAUGAACAUGUUAAUGUGCCUGUUAUUACUGACAAGGAGGUCACGUUCCAAGUUGAUGCUUUUGACACAAAACAAAGUGCACCCCCAGCACAGUCUGUACCAGAGUCAGGACUGGAUUUCUUCCAGAAUGAUCCUUUUGUGGGCAGUGAUCCAUUUAAAGAUGACCCUUUUGGUAAAAUAGAUCCAUUCGGCGGAGAUCCUUUUAAAGAUUCUGACCCAUUUGCCACUGAUGUAUUUUUCAAGCAGUCUGCAGCAGAUCCUUUCUCAUCUUUAAAAGCAGAUACUUUCCCUUCCUCAAUUGCAGAAAAAGUCGAUCCUUUUCUGUCUUCUAAAGCAGAUCCAUUCUCAGCAUCUAAAGGCGAUCCUUUCACGUCUUCAAAUGAGGAUCCUUUCAUGUCAUCAAAAGCGGAUCCUUUCUCAGUUGCAGCGUUGGAAAUUAGCAACACCUCAGUGGAGGCUUUGAAAAGCAAUGACCCAUUUGCUCCUGGAGGAACUUUUGUUCCAGCGGCCAGUCAGUCUGGAAAUGAUGACCCUUUUACUUCAUUGUUUGGUAAUGAUUCCUUUGGCAGUGGAUUUGCUGACUUCAGCACACUUUCUAAGCAGAACAAUGGCACAGACUCUCUGGACGGCCCCUUGCCCCCCGAAGAAAAAGAGACACUAAACAACAUAAGCACUUUUGAAACAGAAUCUCUACAGACAGAGACGCCUCCUGCACUGCCUCCGAAGACUGGAACUCCCACUCGGCCGUGUCCUCCUCCUCCAGGCCAACGGCCUCUCCCAAAGCCAGAGGACUUGUUCAAACAUGGAGAUCACUUCCAGCAGUUCAAUCUCAGCUUCCCCAACCAAGUGGAAUCUGACCCGUUCGCUGCCUGCAAAGUGGUAGACGAUUCCAGCAGCCUCAGUAGCUUUAACACUUACCAGUCUGAGGACGAUAUGAUCGAAUGGGCGAAGAGGGAGAGCGAGCGGGAAGAACAAGAGAGGAUGCAGAGACUAAAGCAGCAGGAGCAGGAGGACCUGGAGCUCGCCAUUGCGCUCAGCAAGUCUGAGGUCUCCGAGGCGUGAAACAUGGCGGCCGUCGUCGGGCGUACAAUAAAACUGUGUAGUUCCUAGGAAUAUUUAAAUAGUUUUUAUUUCAUUCUUUGCCUAUGAAGUAUUCAAACAUCUCUUCAAACCCUUGCUUGGCUAGGGGCGUCUCUAGCAGUGAACAGGUAACGUCAUCUGUGUGUGUGUUUUAAACUUGGCUGAGGAGUGAUACUAUGUAUUUCUGUAUACUAGUCUGUGACCUAUGCCUCUGCUUUAAGAGUGUCUCCUCCCAGUUUCAGAUAGAGUUUACCUAAAUGGGGCUUUUUG